GCUCGUCUCCUCCCCACCACAACAGCAGCCGCAAAGCAGAGCACGGGAGAGAGCAGCAGAGCGCCACCAGCCAGCCACAGCCAGCCGUCCGAUCCUUUUGCUUGCCUGCCCAAGCAGCAGAAAGGCCAGCAGCUGGUCCGAUGGCUCUCGUCGCUCUCUCCUCCGCGCGCGCCGUGCUCGCGUCGCUGGCACCCAGGGCAGCCAGCAUCAGGGGCUACGCGGCGUCGGCGGCGUCCGGGGCCAUGAGGCGCGCGGCGGCCGCGGCGGAGGGCGCGGCUGGUGCGGGCGAGGCCAGGGAGGCCGGCGGGCGCGCCGCUGCCAGCUCCGAGAUCUCGUGGGUGCCCGACCCCGUCACGGGCCACUACCGCCCCGCCAACUGGGCCGCCGCCGUCGACCCCGCCGACCUCCGCGCCGCGCACCUCGCCCGCUCCUACGCCCGGGCCUGAACGGCCCCCGCCUCCCUGACCCCCCCGCUCCGCCGCCUCGUCUCGUAUGACGUACCGUAUGUAUACCUACCAGUACCAGGGUGGGAAGAGGUGCAGGGGGGUGUCAGGGUUCGUCGUCUGGCGAACGGCGUCGUCGCGCCGCGCGCGCUCUGUGACGCCCGGCAUGGUCGUGGAGAGCAGCAGGGUGGUCUUUCUCUCGGUUGGUCGCUGUGCGAUGUGUUGUGAUUGUGAAGCUGGAUCCUCUGGGGUCGGACGACCGACGGGAGAUUGCCAUUACAAACAAGGAGAUAGAGCGGCCUGUGGUCGCCGCCGUGUGUUUGGGUGUGUGGGCUGGAUGCUCUGCUCUGCUCUAGUGAGAUUCAGAUCAGAUGUACUUCCUCCAAGGAGCAGGGUUCUGCACUCUUGCUGCUGUUUUACGUUCGUUUUGUACUCGCUACAGAGCUAUUAUCACGUAAUAAAGUUGCAGUUUCUUCCAAUUCCUA